AUGGCAGCUGUCAAUCACACGCGCUUCCAUAUAGUCAAGUGUAUCCUGGUCGGUGUCCAGGGCAUGGAAGAGGCUCACGCCUGGCUCUCCAUCCCCUUCUGCUCCAUGUUCCUCCUGGCCCUGCUGGGGAACGGCCUCCUCCUCUUCGUCAUCGUCAAGGAGCGCAGCCUCCACCGGCCCAUGUUCUUCUUCCUGGCCAUGCUGGCGUCUUCCGACCUCGUGCUCUGCACCACCACCAUGCUCAAAACCCUCGGCAUCUUCUGGUUCCGAGCCAAGGAGAUUGCCUUUGAGGCCUGCGUCACGCAGAUGUUCAUCAUCCACUUCCUCUUUGUAGCCGAGUCGGCCGUCUUGCUGGCCAUGGCGUACGACCGGUACGUCGCCAUCUGCAACCCGCUGCAGUACAGCACUGUGCUGACACACUCGCGGGUAGCGAAGAUUGCCGUGGCGGCAGCGGUCAGGGCUUUCUGCCUGAUGGCCUCUCUGACCUUCCUCCUGCUGAGGCUGCCCUUCUGCGGCCCCAACGUCAUUUCCCACACGUUUUGCGAGCACAUGGGGAUCGCCCGGCUGGCCUGUGCAGACAUCACACUCAACAUUUGGUAUGGCCUGACGGUGGCCCUCCUAACCACGGGCGCAGACACCGUCUUCAUUGCUGUCUCCUACGUGCUGAUCCUGCGUGCUGUCUUCCGGCUCCCGUCCAGAGAUGCCCGGGCCAAAGCCCUCGGCACCUGCGGCUCUCACAUCUGCGUCAUUCUAAUGUUUUACGUCCCGGCCUUUUUCUCAAUCUUUGCCUACAGGUUUGCCGUGAACAGCAUCCCUCGCCCGGUUCACAUCCUGCUGGCCAACCUCUUUGCCAUUGUGCCCCCCAUGUUGAACCCCAUCGUCUACGGGGUGAAAACCAAGCAGAUCCGGGAUCGUGUGGCUUUAGUGUUUUUGCAGGCUAGGAAACAGCGCUGA